UUAAAAAAUUUAUUCAAAAUUUGAUGUGCAAAUUUCGUUAUGAUUAUCAAAUACUUCACCAUGGGAUUUCGUGUGGCUAGACUGUUUAAGAUAUCUUCGAUAUUCAGCAGAAACUUAAAUACAAACUGCAAUAAAGACAAAGAGCUCUGGGAUGCAUUCCGAAGUUGUCUGUACAAAAGCUUGAAAAAGCAGAAGUUUCAACCGGGUAACAAGGUGUCGAUUGUCGGCACUGGCUCCGUUGGGAUGAGCUGUGCCAUAACCCUACUUUCGAAAAGAAUAACCAACAACAUAGCUCUCUAUGAUAUCAACAAGAAGCUGUCUAAUUCAGAGCACCUAGAUCUGCUGCACGGCUCGUGGUUCCUCAACGAUGCUCACAUUGAGCAAUGCGGCGGCAAAAUUGAGGCCACUAAGGACUCCCGAGUGGUUGUCGUCACUUGUGGACCUAGGCAAAAACCGGGCGAGUCUCGUCUAGAUAUGGCCCAAAAGACAGCGGUCAUUAUCAGAAGCAUUAUGCCCGAUCUAGUAAAGCAAAGCCCAGAAGCAGUAUAUAUUGUUGUGUGCAAUCCAGCGGACGUGAUGACCUGGCUUGCACGCAAAGUUACAAAUCUACCCUAUGAGCGCUGCUUUAGCACAGGCUGCCUUUUGGAUACCGCUCGCUUUCGCCUGUUUAUUGCCCAGAUUUUGGGCGUGGCUACGAGUUCAGUGUAUGGCUAUAUACUUGGCGAGCAUGGAGAUAGUUCAGUGCCCCUGUGGUCCUCGGUGACCGUUGGCGGUGUGUGUCUGCAGAAUUUUUUGCCAACUAUUGGUACAGACAAGGAUCCUAUGCAAUGGUCCACGGUGCACAAGCAUGUGGUGCGGUCGGCGUACGAGGUGGUAGAGGGCAAGGGCUAUACAAACUGGGCCCUUGGGGUCUGUGUCGCCCACAUUGUGUCUGCCAUUUUUGAGAACAGCAAUCGCAUCAUGCCAUUAUCAACAAAUGCCGCCGGAUUGUGUGGGAUUAAAGAGGAGGUAUUCCUAUCACUGCCAUGUAUUGUGAAUGAGUGCGGUCUUUGUGGCAUCGUUCGUCCAAUUCUAUCGAAUUGGGAGAAAACUUCUCUAAAGAAAUCGGCUGAUAAAUUGCUUGAGGCUCAGCAUGGAAUCCAAUUGUAGACAUUUAAUGCCUUGUCCUUGGGAAUGCCCAUAAAAAAAACAUUUAUUACAUUUAUUUUCUUUAAUCGUGGGUUUUUGAUAUCUUUAUAAUUUCACCAGGAAGUCAACUAAUCAAACUUUUAUCUAGAAUUUCUGGAAUUUCUCUAACCUUUAGAAAAUUAUAUAUCUAUCUUUACUAAAAGCA